AUGGCAGAUUCAGAAGCAAGACGUGAAGCAAGGAGACGAAAAAUCUUAGAAAAUGCCGACAAACGAAUGAAAAGGCUCACAAAUCAAUAUGAAUCGGAAAAAGAAGUUAUUGAAAAUAAAACAGAUGAAGACAAAUUGACCAAUACCAGUGCUAAUGCUAUAAAAGAAGAAAACCUUGCAGCUAAAACUACUGCACCAGAAUUGAAUCUUAAAGCUACAGGACCAGAAGUGCAGACCAAAUCAGAACAACAGAGUGCUGUUCAACAGCAGAAUAUACAGUCUGAACUCAGGCAUAGAGGGACUGUCAAAAUACAGAGAAAUAUAGAUAGUCAUAAUAUACAAACACAAGACAGCCAGAAGUCAGUUGUUAAACCUGAAAAAUCAGAAACAGAUAUUAAUUUGACCUUAAAGCAGACAGAAGGGUUGAAGAUUGCUAGUUUGAUUCUGUUGGCAAUAGUAUGCAGGCUGGUUUUAAAAUGUGGCUUUGGACUGUUUUAUUUCCAGUCGAUUUUUCUACCAUUUGUUGCACUUGAGAUAGGAUGGAUUCAUUAUCAGUUGAGAAAUUCACUGCAAAUGCCAAGGAAAAAGAACAAGAUGUCUACCAUGUUGAUGUUGUGCGGGAUAAAACCAGACCUUCUAGUUGUUUAUGACACCAUAAUGAGUUAUGUUACUACAUUUUCUGAAGAUUCUGGACUUUUUAUUUUUUCAUUUUUCAUAAGUAAUUUAUUAGUUUCUUAGGAGAUAUUUUUACUGUUGCAUGUAUGUGUUGUGUUCCCUUAGAUUCCAUUGUUAAUUUUUAUAGAAAUCACAUAUAUUUCAUAACAAAUUAUCAGAUAUUUAUUAAAACAAAGUUAAAAACUUUUAUGAAAUGUUUUGUUUAUGUAUUACUAUUAAAAACACUUUUAAGAA